ACAUGACAGUACAGUAUGAGACAGAUAAUCUGUGAAGACAUGGUUCUCCUCUGCCGCCUUCUUGUGGUCCUACUGCAGCUCGGUCUGGAACAACCAAUCAGAGCCAGGAGGCGGGUCUUAGCGCUGUCAAUCAAAUGAUCUGCCUCCUGAUUUUAAAAGUCACACACUUUAAGAUGCUAACAUAUCGCUCUUUGCUCCAGUUCCCCAGCAGUUAGCUGACGGCAUUUGCCGGCUCUGGCCUACCUCCAGGGAAGCUGCGAUCACAGCAAGAUUUCGAUCUUCGGCGGCAUCCAGAACACAACAAAGACACGCAUGUUGGAGGAAAAACAAGGAGCCGCGCUGGAGGGACGCACACUUGAGACAUGGAAGCGUCCAGCGACAGGCUUUUCUGCUGUAGCUGGCUGCGCCGCAGGGUUCCCUCGCCCCACAGGGAGGAACUGUACCACAUCCUGAGGAUGACGGGGCCUCUGCUUCUGUCUCGAAUCCUCAGUUACCUCCUGCCUUUUGUGGUCACAAUGUUCUGUGGGCGUCUAGGAAACGACGUGAUGGCCGGCUACGGGUUGGCUUCUGCUACCAUUAAUGUUACCACUGCAGCCACAGGCUAUGGUCUGGGACUGGCGUGUGACACUCUCAUAUCUCAGACGUUUGGGGGCAGGAACCUGCUGCAGGUGGGCGUGAUCCUUCAGAGGAGCGUCAUCAUCCUGCUGCUGUUCUGUCUGCCCUGCUGGGGGCUGCUCAUCAAUGCGCAGCCCGUCCUGCUGUGUGUGGGGCAGGACCCCGAGGUGGCCAGAAUUGCUCAGCUGUAUAUAACAGCCUUUCUCCCCGCUGUGCCAGCAAUGUUUCUACACAACCUUCAGGUGUCUUACCUGCAGAACCAGGGUAUAAUCCUGCCACAGCUCUACACGGCCGCCGUGGCAAACGUAGCAAAUGUCGCCACAAACUAUCUCUUGCUUUACUGGCUGAACCUGGGAGUCAGUGGCUCUGCUGCGGCAAACACUCUGUCUCAGAUAUACAUCUGUUCUUUUCUGUUCGCUUAUAUCCGGUGGAAGAGGCUGCAUGUAAAAACAUGGGAAGGCUGGUCUGUGGAAUCACUACAGGAGUGGGGCUCCUACAUGAAACUGGCCCUCCCCAGUACCUUGAUGAAGUGUUUUGAGUGGUGGGUUUAUGAACUUGGUGGCUUCUUUGCAGGAAUGUUGAGUGAGGACGAGCUGGCGGCCCAGCAUGCUGUGAUAAUGAUCGCUUUCCUCACCUACAUGUUUCCACUCGGUCUUCAAGCAGCGACGUGUGCUAGAGUGGGGAAUGCUCUCGGCGCAGGGGACCGCGCCAGGGCCCUUCUGACCAGCAAGGUGUCCCUCUGUCUCGCAGCUACUUUUGCGGUUGUGGAAGGAGUUGUGCUUGGGUGCUCCAAAACGGUGAUCGGCUUCAUCUUCACGUCUGACCAGAAGAUCAUAGGUUUGGUCUCUCAUUUGCUGAAUGCCUACUGUUUCCUUCAGUUCUUUGAUGGACUUGUGGGGGUUUGCACUGGCAUCUUCUUGGGCACAGGCAAGCAGAAGAUACCUGCUGUGGCUAACUUUGUGGGAUACUACUGCAUAGGCCUUACACUGAGUGUCACUUUCAUGUUUGUUGCAAAACUGAGAGUUUUAGGAUUUUGGCUGGGACUACUGGUUUGUGUCAUUUUGCAAUCAACUUUCUACAUAAUAGUUAUCUUCAGACUGAACUGGGAGAAAGUGACAGAGGAGGCUGUGAAACGAGCUCAGAAAACCACCAACAUGACAUUAAUAAGCACCUCUGGGCUCACAGACGCUGAGGGAACUGCUGCAGGUCAGACGGCCUACAAUGAAAAAUCAGCAGAUGGAUACAUAUGCGUUAGUACAGAGGAUCAGGACGGCCAUGCUGGAAGGCCAGGUGGCCGUGAGGUCAGACGGACAGAUGGCCACCUCUCCACCACCCAGCUGAUCAUCCGCAGAGGCCUCGCCGUGUUAGCCGCGGUGGCUCUGCUAGCUGUCGGAGCAGUCGCGCACUUCCUUGUUCCUUUGCCAGAGUUCCGGUCUGCAGAGGGCAACCGCACCGCGGCAAGUCAGAUCAAUGCAACGCAUCCUCCUGAUCCAAUUUACUCCACUGUGCUGGUCCCUAAUGGACAGUCAAAGUGA